AUGACCCCACUGCUGUUCCCUGGCCACGCCCACGCUGCAAUGAAGGACCUCUCCUCCUCCUCUUCCACCUCUCCUCUUAACUCCCUCCUCCACUACCCGUCCUCCAAAACCUCUGUGGCGCCCUUUUCCCCAUCCGCCGGCCCCGCGUCCUCUCGUGGAUCGGCCCUGUCCUCAACGCCUCUCUCCAAGCCGCAGCCCUUCUGUCUGCAAACGGGGCCGCACCUCAUCGCCAGCAUGCAGCUGCAGAAGCUCAACUCACACUACCAGAACCUUGCCAGUGCCUCUGGCGGACACUCUGGGCCUGGAGGGCCUCAAAGAGGCUUUGGACCCCCGCAGCUGGGAGCGGGUAAUCAGCUGUUGGCGCCGUCUGGAGGCCUCGGAGGAGGCGGGAUGGGUGUCGGGAUUGGCAUGGCCAACCAAAGUUCCGGCGCUGGUGGGAUUAUCGACUUUGACCCUGUGGACGAGGAGGUCCUCAUGUCUCUGGUGGUGGAGCUAGGUUUGGACCGGGCCAACGAGCUGCCCGAGCUCUGGCUGGGACAGAACGAGUUCGACUUCAUGUCGGACGUGCCAGCUGGAUGCUGACCUACGAGGGUGGGGGGAAACACAUGGAUAAAGUGGAAUUGAUUGACAACGAGAGAGAGAGAGAGAGGACUUCUCUCCAUGUUUGGUUUUUCUUUCCUCCCUUUGUUGGCUGAUAAAACGAGGAAGCAGAAGAGACGCUGACCGAUGGAGAAAAGCGAUUAGAGGCUCGCUCUCUGUUUCUGUUUUGCUUUCAUACCCUCCUACGGGCAGACAAAAGAAAAGACAAGCUUGCUUUUGAUUUUCUUGUUUCUGUAAAGGAAUCAGUGCUGCUUUUCUUCACUGAGAUGAAACCAGUGGUGCUCCCACUCUGAACUGUACUUCCCUUUCAUGUAAAAGAGCAGAAAUAUCAGCAGAGUAUGAGCAGAAACGAGGAGUCUAAGACUCGCUCCUGCUCCUAUCCUGUUUCCUCCAUCGCUCCAUCAUUCGGUCUUAAUGAAAACAAGUUGACUGACACGAGAAGGGCUGACAAAGACAUCCGAGCCACCCUCUUUAGAGAGGAGUAAGGUACACCUGUUGGACUCGAUCCCCCCUCUUUUCUUAGUGCCGCCCUGAAUUGAUCAAGUGGACGAUUAAGGAAAAUGAAAAUGAGAGGCACGACUUUGUGGGAGAAUUGCAAAGGAUGGCAAACACUACGCUUCCUGUUUUCUUAUAGACAAUAUUAAGCUCUGGUCUCAUGGGAAAGGGACUCCUGUCUCUUGGCUUCACAAAGGAAAUGAUUGUCUUAGACUUGGUUAUCUCUGUGCACUUCUUUAUUUUCUUGUUUGAAUUUCGUUCAAACAGCCGUAGUCAUACAACACGUUAUUUAAGAGGGUGGCUGAUCCCCAUCAGGAGACAAGCAGACAAGGAGCACUUCUGUAGCGAGCCUAAAGUCACCUCAGUGAGUUAGAUCCAGAAAUGUGGAAUGGGUGUGUGUUUUGUUGUCCGGCCUGAAAGUUGAUAAGGAAGGGUGGGAUAGCUAGUGGCAGGGAUCCUGUGCUACACGGAGCAGCAAACAAAGUCAAAUUCCUAUUUUUCCUGCUCUCCCACUUUAAAACGGUCCGUUUAUGUCAUGAAUGUUGUCGCUGCACUUCCGUGUUCCUGAUGAGGAAGUGUGAUUAGGCCUGGAGGCUGGUGUUAGUCCCUCCGGUCACAAUGUGGACCAUCGGAGUAAAGCAGGGAUGAGACCAAGCUAAGCUGCACAUUUGAUCUGUCCAUGUUACAGAAACAGCUCCUCAGUCACUGUCUCAUUGAGGUCUUUUGUUCAUCUCUUAUUGCAAAUGAAGAAUUAAACAAAUCUUUGUUUUUAGUUGAAAUUCAUGCAUGAAUCCCUCAUGACCUCUUGACCUCUCUGAUGCUCUUAGCUGUGACCUGAAAAUGAACUGUACUGUUCACCCCUGAAGCAGUCCUGAAAGUGUUGGAUUACACUGUAAACUACUACCAACUUAGCAUGUCAAAUCCAUGUCUAUGCCAUGUGAUACGGUUGAAAGCUCUGAGGGAAUUAUAUUUUACAUGUGCAACAGUUUUGUUUUUUUCUCUUCCCAGUUACAUGAAAAGUUUCACAACAUAAAUCUAACAUGUGAAUAUAUGAGAAUCAUGUGUGCCUAUCAUGUGACAUUGUAACAUCUGGAAAAACAUUAUCACAUGUAAAGCAGGGUGAGGGUUUGUGACAUGGAGGAUAAUAUUGAGGUUUGAAACAUUUCUGAGAAGCCAAAACCCACUAUUUUGUUUUUGAGUCUGAGAAUGUGUUUAUACGCCUUAAUGUUCAAAAAAUAAAAUUUUCUCA